AUGGCCAGGCCAAAGCGCAACCUCCUCGCAACAGCGGAGGAGACAUCAACACCGCCAGCCACGCUCGCAGAAGGUCAAACACUAGCUCGAGUCACCAAGGCCACUGGCAACAACCUUUACUCCGUCGAGCUUCCCUCAGGACAGCCGGUGCUCGUCGAACUGCCCGCGCGCUUCCGCUCGACCAUCUGGAUCAAGCGUGGCAGCUACGUGCUCGUCGAUACCGGCGCACUCGCAGACCGAGAGAACAAGCUGGAUGGAGAGAUCAUCAACAUUGUGAGGGACGAGAAGGAGUGGAGGAAGCAGAGCUACUGGCCGGCGCAGUUCGCCAAGAAAUCUGCAUACGAGGACGACAGCGAGGACGAGUCUACUGUCGGCAAGAUGCCGCCUUCGGACUCGGACGAGGAGUCCUGA